AUAUUUCUUCUUACCAAUUCCUACUGGUGAGCUACUAGCUAUCAUUGCAGGAAGUCAGCAUUCCAUACACAUUUAACAAUAGCUUAGUCCUUCAGACCAUCUGAUCAGUUGAGUUGUUUUCCGUCGUCUCUUUUCUCACGUUUUUUUUUUUGUUUUUUAAAUAACCGCUGUUCUUUGAAUUCAACUCACGAACAUCGAUAAGUGGUGCCCAAUUUUCAUUCUGAGCUUCAUUGGCAAGUGUUUUCUAUCUAUUUGCUUAAUCCUUCAUCACAGCAGAAGUUCAAUUGAUUGAUUAUGGCUGAUUUGAUUCCUGAUGAGGAGUAUUUUGCUGGAGAUAACUCUGCAGUGCCAUCAGAUUCUAUGGGAUCAUUAGAUGCUGCUUCAAAAGAAGGUGCUAAAGCAGGCUAUAAUAAACUGCGUAGAAACAGCCAAUUUUUCCGAGCCAAUCCAAAUGAGGAGAGCAAAGACCCCAAGGAUAAUGCAAAAGAUCAGUUGAAAGCUGGAUAUACUAAUGGGAUUAAAAAAGCACAAUCUCACCAUAUUUUUAAGCUUGAUCCAGAUAGUUCAAAAGAACAUGAGUUCUUAGAAGAAAAUCAAAAGGGAUGGAUUCAUGGUCUUCAUACCCCUCAUGUUGUUUUCAAGUAUGAAUCAAAUAAAGUUGGUAAAGAUAGUUUUAUCCAAGAUAAAAGUCGUGACGAACGUAUGUUUGUUCCCAAGGCAAGUUUUGAAGAGGCUAGUAAUGGUUCAAUUCAAACCGGUCUGACUAGUGACUCCUCUGGUUCUAUGGAUCAAGCCGAUCAUGAUGAUGUUACUUCAAGCGUUUUCAAUAACGAAUCAACUACUAGUUCUUUCUCUGGUUAUUACUCUUUACCAAGUAAUGCCAUUAAUUUUCCCCCUAGUGUCAGAGCUACAAUCAAUUUGAAUGCUAGUCCUGAUUUGGGUCAUAUCUGCUACCAAAAUCAUCAUGAUAUUAAUGAUUGGACUUUCACUUUUGGUGGGUUAUUUACAAAUCAAUUAAUCAAUUUCAAAUUAUUAGGUUUACCAAAAGAUGUUGAUCCUGAUCGUAUCUCAAUUGAAUUCAAUUGUGAAUUACCUCCUCAUGUUGAUCGUGAAAUGAUUGCUUCCCCUUAUUUAAUUCAAAAUAAUUCUUUAUAUUUAUUGAAUUCAAUUAGAAGUACAAUUAGUUUCUUAGAACCUACUUUUAACUUUGGUGAAACUCCAACUAGUAUUAAUGCAAUGAUGAGUUCUCAAAUUUCUUAUAGACACAUUUUCUUUUAUGGUGGUUUCAGUAUUGAUACUCUUAGUACUUAUUAUGAUCCCACAAUUAAUAGAUGGAUUGUUAAAAAAACUAUAAAUAUGAAUGAAGAUGGUUAUAUCUUAGAUGUUUCAACUUUUAGAUUUACUAAAAUCUCUUUGAAACCUAAAGAAGGUCAACCUAAAAUUGAUUUAGGUAGAAUAGGGGCUUCUGUAACUUCAAAUAUUUAUCAUAGAGAAGAAUCAAAUGCUGAUCUACCUGAUAGAAUUCCUUCUCCUCCAAUUUUUUCCGAAGGUGUUGAUCUUAAACCAAAACAUUCUAAUCAUGCAUAUCACUCUCCUCAAACCCCUGGUAGUCCACUGACUAUUAAACAAACUAAUUUGAAUGCUAAGUCAUCCUCUCAAACUCAACUUAAUGCUCCAAUUCCUUCCAAAAGUGUUAGAGCUGAUGGUCUAAAAUUACCCUCUUCCCCAGCCAAACAAAAAUCAAUCUCAUCAAUGGCUACUAGAGUUGACCAUUCGUCAAAUGCUUCCAAUAACUCGGAAAGUAAUAAUUCAAAUAUGAAUCCAAGUUCACUUGCAAGCUCAGCAUCUUCCUUUUUAAUAAAAGGUACUAAUAAAGUUGUAAGAUCAGGUACUAAUUUAUCAAAUAAUUCAGCUUCAACAAAUGCAACUAGUAACUCUAGGGUACCUCCAGUUCUUGCAAAUUUGAAAAAUAGCCCAAGUAAUAGCUCUUCGUCCUCCGCUUCUUCUUCACCUAGUAGUGGACCCGGUUCGAAAAUGAGUAAUGUCCUUUCAAAAUCCAGUCGUAUUUUCCAUAGAAAUCAUCAACGUCAACCAAGCAGUAACAAUAGAGGACAAAAUAAAACUAACGAUGCUAAUAAAGAAACCAAUAAUGUCACUCCACAUCCAUUGAAAAACACAUAUUCCAAAGAUAUGAAACAAAGAAGAUCUAAUUCUAAUUCAAGUCAUCAUAUGCAACAGCCAACAUCCGCUAUCGCAAAUGAAGCUCCAAUCAGUAGAUCUGGCUCAUCUACUCGUAAUAACCCACCACCUCCUCCUCCUGCUCCUCCUGCUGUUCCUAAUUCGUCGAAUACUUAUCAUAAGUCAAGAUUAUCUGGUGACAGUCCUCUUAGUGAUAAUUAUUCUAAAAAUGAUAACUUACCAAAUGAAACCUUGGAUUUCAAACCGCUGCUUGGUCCAAAACCUUUUUAUGCUAACCAGCAAUACGCUCCAACUGCAUUAAGAACCAAUCAUUUGAAUAGUGGUGGUAGCCAUAGUGCAAAUACUAGUGUUGUUAAUAGCCCAACUGCGUUAAAUGCAAGUGUUUCAGCAGUUGGUGAUCCAACUUCAAUACAUUUAAAUGAUACUGCAAAUCACGAAAUACCUAAUGAACAAUCAUCAUUCGCUGAGUCAAAUGAAAGUAAUCUCAGAAAUCCAUUGUUUGGUGAAUCAAUUCAAAGAAACGGUAUUCAAUGUAUUAGUGUUUUUGUUUUUGGUGGAUUUACUUGCCAUUUAGAUCCUAAGGACCCCCAUGCUAAAGUUUUCAAAGCAUCGAGUGAUUUGUUGAAAAUAGAGUUGAUAAUUCAAGAAGAUUCAAUUAACUCUUUGUUUUUCGAAGAUGCUAUAGUUUAUUUAAUUGGUAAUGAAGAGACAUGCAAAUCUAGAGAAUUACUUGUUCAAAAUGGUGCUUCUAAAACUGAGAAUGAAUUCUUUUGGCCCAGUCUGAGGGGCUAUUUUGCAUCGGCAAUUAUUGAUUUCAACUCAAAUCUUGAACGUAAUUGUCAAUUAUUUAAUGGUAAGCUAAAUGAAUUGAAUGCAUUUGAUAAUGGUUCAGGUCACCAUGAUUCUACUGAAAAUUCUACGUUGAGAGCUGAAUCUGGUUCUUUUAGUGAUAAUUUUUCAACAAGUGAUCAAUCUAACUCUAAAAGUUCUUUCGUUUCAGGUAUUGGCCUGAGUGGAUCAAUCACAAGACCAAGAACUCACGGUAACUUUUUUGAUGGCAAAGCAUUGUUUGUUCAAGGUGGUGUUGAUGAUAAAGGAAUUCCAAAAAGUGAUUUCAACGUAUUUUCCUUUGACAAUGGUAAAUGGUAUUCAUUUCAAACUUAUAUGUUCAACUAUUUUGAUAACCAUAUUCAGCCAUAUGAAGAUGAUGAUGGAACCUCAUUUUCUUGUGACAGGGAAGUUGCUGACCCAAAAUUAGUUGAAGCUGAAUUGCGUGCUUGCCAUCAUAGUUCAUUAUUUUACCAAAAUGAAGAAAACGAUUACUUAAUCUUCUUAGGAGGUUUUUAUAAUGAUUACCUUAGAUUCUUUGAUAAAGAACCUUACACUAGUGAUAAAUAUGAUGUUUCUAGAUUAUCAAAAUUACAAUUUCAAACUAACAAUCCUACAUUAUCAAGAAUUGCUAUAUUGAAUUUGAAAACUCAAACUUGGAGAUUUAUGAAAUAUUUCUGUGAUAUGAAACAUUUUUUCAAAGAAAAAGAGUUAUACAAAGUUCAUAAUAAUCCAAGUUGGAUUAACGCAAGAAUUAGUAACUAUGGUGGUGCUAUUUCUUUAAAUGGUAAAAUGGUCACCCUUUGCCAUGGUUUAGUCAAGGUUGUACCUGAAAAAAGAGAAGACUAUGAUCGUCUCCAGCAGGAAUUCUCUUAUGGUCCAAUUAUGUGGGGUGCUCAUGUUCAUUUUACCUUCCCUAGUUUAUAGAUGCUUCUGAUUUCUCUGUUUUUGUCUUUUUGUCCUUGUUUUUUGUUCUUUGCUAUUUUUUAUUUUAUCAUGAGAUUUUAACUUCCUCGGGAGCUUUUUAUUCAUUCAUAUCUUCUAAUGACUUCACUUUAUGGGUAACAGUUGAACUUUUUCAUUCAAACUUUUUUUCAAUAAAUAUUAUACCUUUAUCUUUGCAA